CCUCGUACCAACCAGGGAUCAACAGUGCGUUCUAAGCUCUUGAGGCCGCGAGGUCGGCCCUUUUAAGCAACCCUUAAAAAAAUUAAUUUUUUGUCAAUAUUAAAAUCAUUAAAUCAAGUGAUAAUCCUCUAGUCAUCACAAUUGUCUACUCGUGAAUUUUCUUUUUUCUCCAUUAAAUCAUCACUUGAAGUGCAAGAGUGCAAUUUCAUCAAAAAUGGGAUUGCAAUUGCGACUACUCACAAUUGCCUGCUGUGCUUUUCUCAUCUUGGAAAAUUCCGGAGUAACGGCUGUCAGAUGUUUCGACUGUAACAGUAAUAAUGACAGCAGAUGUGCAGAAGACGAACCUCCUGAAGAAUUGAAAGUGGAUUGUUCAUCAAAAAGAGACGGUGCUAAAUACACUAUGUGCAGAAAGAUUGUUCAAACAAUCGAAUUCAGUGUCAAUGGCUUGCCACCAAAUAAGAGGGUAAUUCGUGGUUGCGGUUGGGACGAGUCGAAUUACAAGGGCAAUUGCUAUCAAAGAGGUGGUUUUGGCGGACGACAAGAAGUCUGCUCUUGUCUUGAAGAUUUUUGCAAUGCUGCCACACCAGGUGCAAUUCCAGUCUCACAAUCUCUUCUCCUCUCAUGUUUAUUAGGAAGCAUGAUUUAUGCAUUUGCUCGAAAUUAAAUAUCACACAAUUUGAAUAUUGUCCACUAAAAUAAUAAUCUUCAAUUUAAUGAAGAUCACAGCGAAUAUUUUGACGAUCCGUUUUCUUCAAAUAAAUUCGGUCUCAAUAAUUUUUUUUUUUUGAGAAUUCACCGAUAUUUACUAUGAUAAAAAUUAAAAUCGUUAAAAAUUCGCAUAAUUGAGGCAAAAAGACGUUGAAUUUUUUGCCAUUAGAACGAAAUACACAAUUUUUCCUCCCCCCCUCCCCCUAACAGAAGAAAAUUAAUAAUCAAAAUUCGGUAAAACAGAAAUUAUUACCUCCGUCAAAAAAAAAAAAAAAAAAAAAAAAAAAAAAAAAUGAGUAUUAUAUGUAGUUUUUUAAGCACUAGUGCCUUAAGAAUUAAUUUUUGGCACUGCUUUAAAAAAAAAAACAAAAAGCAGUUCCUACAUACGCAUUUUUUUUUUGUUAUUCGCUAGUGACGCGGUCAAUGUUUCGUUUUUGUUGGGGAGGUCUAAUAUAAAAAUCGUAAACAUAAGUUAAUUAUUAUACUUUACGAUAAAUUAUUUAAUUUUUAUUUAUUAUUUUAUUUAUAAUUUAUUAUCAUCAGUAAAUAAUUAUAAUUCGAAUUUACAAUUUUUUAUUCUCAGUUUAAUUUUGGUGCUAAUGGGAAAUUUUUCAAAAUAUGUAGAAAAAAAGUGGAAAUAUUUGCAUUAAUUUAUAUGUAUCGGCACAAAAAAUAAUCAAGCGCAUUACAAGUUUGCUCAAAAGAAUUUCAGAAUGAAAUUCAGUUUUAAUCGAAACGUGACAAAUUACAGAAACUGAAAUAUUUUUUUUUUUUUGCUCUGAAGAAUUCAGAAAUUGAUGACAAAAAAAAAAAUUCUUUUGCACAAACUUUAUAAUUGUGUCGAGUUCUACACUAUAUGAAAGAAUUAAUUUUCAAUUUAGUGAAAUUAGAAUUUUAUUACUUAAUUUUAAAUUGUUAUUUUUUUUUUAUUUCCAAACCUUUCGGUUUUUUUUUUUUUUUAUUCGGCAUAAAAACGGGGAUUUUGAAAAUGUCGAAAAUACCCCAGGCACAAUUCUUCUGCACUAAAAAACAUUUUACAAAAAAAUCAAGAUCUAUUAGAAAUUUAAAACAAAAAUUAAUAUCCAAUUUGUUUUUUUUAGUAAUUUUAGAAAUGAAAAUUUGUUAAAAAAAAUCCCCACGUAAAAUUGCAAAAGCGAAAAUGAAUGACUGUUCUUCUUUUUCUUCCACUUUUUUGUUUGUAAUAAAAAAAAAAAUUAGUAAAGCAGAGACUUGACAAAGUAUUCCAGUUAUAUAAUUGAUUAUAUAUAGUCAAUUUAGAGAUCUCUUUGUCCAAUUGUUAAGAAUAGCUGUAUAAAUUUAGACCUGUUAAGGUACACGUCAACCUAACCCAAUUGAUGAUAAAUAAUAAUUACAUUAAAUAAACAAACUAGGUUGAUAGAAUUGUAAAAUUGAAAAUAAUUUCAAAAAAAAAAAGGAAUCGCAGAAGCUUACAGUUUUUAAUCAUAAAUAGCGUGAUGAAGUGUCGACGUAAAGGCACACUGUGUUCAUUUUAAAAAAAUUAAACUAUUAGUGCUUAGAUAAAAAAAAUUAUAUUUAUACUUUCUUUUCUUUUUGUGCUAA